AUGUCAGGCUACGCUAACUCCUCCACUUGGACGUCAUUUUUGAAGUCGAUCACCUCGUUCAAUGGAGACUUGUCGACUUUGACAGCUCCGCCAUUCAUUUUGUCGCCCACGUCUCUGUCAGAAUACUCUCAGUACUGGGGCGAACACCCCGACUUGUUUUUGGGGCCAAAUUUCAUCACGAAACCGGAUGCUGAUGGCACCAGUGUUGAACAUCUACGGAUGCUAGCAGUGGUCAAAUGGUUCAUUUCGACUCUAAAGUCACAAUACUGCUCGCGGAAUGAGGCUAUGGGUACCGAGAAAAAGCCUCUAAACCCAUUUUUGGGAGAACUGUUUGUGGGGAAGUGGGAAAACAAGGAGCAUUCGGACUUUGGUGAAACCGUCUUGCUCAGUGAGCAAGUCUCGCACCACCCUCCGGCUACUGCCUACACUAUUCUCAACGACAAGAACAAGACGUCAUUGCAAGGAUACAAUCAGGUCAAGGCAUCAAUCUCCACAGCGUCUUUGAGCGUGAAACAAUACGGACAUGCCUUGCUGGAAUUCGGGAAUCUAGGAGAACAAUAUCUGAUCACUUUGCCACCGUUACACAUUGAGGGCAUGCUUGUGGCAUCCCCAUUCGUAGAACUCGAAGGAAAAUCCUAUAUUCAGGCAUCCAAUGGACUUUUCUGCGUGGUCGAGUUUUCUGGCAGAGGUUACUUUUCGGGUAAGAAAAACUCCUUCAAGGCUCGCAUAUUCGAGAAGGCUUCGGACGCAGCUGUUAAGGAAAAGGCUCUUUACACCAUCACAGGGCAAUGGUCCGGUACCUCUACCAUAAGCAAGGGAAGAUCGAAAAAAGGCGAAGAGUUGUUUUACGAUGCGUCGAAGGUGAAAGCUGAACAGCUACAUGUCAAGCCAAUCGAGAAGCAAAAUAGCCUUGAAAGUAGAAAGGCCUGGAAAAAAGUCGCAAGCGCCAUCAAAGGUGGAGAUUUCAACCAGAUUCACGAGGAGAAAUCUGCUCUAGAGAAUGGACAAAGAGAACUGCGUAAAGAAGAGCAGGCUCAAGGCACCAAAUGGCAAAGACGGUGGUUCAAGGAUGAAGAUUAUACCCAGGGCAUCAACGAUGCUUUCACGAAACUGGCGGACGGCUUCAAACUAUCUACGAAGAAUGUGCCAAGUGGAACUUUGGUGGGUGACAAAGAUGACAAGAAGGCAACUACCGCAAUGCACUGGCGUUUCAAGCGAGAGUUAUGGGAUGCCGAGAAAGAAAUUGUGGUGUAG